CCGUCCUUAGGUAGCAGGUAGAGAGCAGAGAAAAAUACGGGUGGAGUGUGAGACCCAGAGAGAGAGAGAGAAAGAAAGAGAGAGAUAAGGGACAAGCCAGAUCAAAUAUUUGAAUUUUUUCCUUGGAAAUGAACACUGACUUCAAGUGACCUGAAGAAAUAAAAGAGGAUCUCAGAAAACUUGAAAAUCACAGAACAAAAAUCUAGGUCGUCCAGGGAGGAACUCCCUCCUGGUGUCAAGGACAGCAGCUGGAGGACAACAGAGGACAUUUCCAGAGGUGAGCACUCUCCAAACUAUGACCUCCUUCGAGCCCCAGGACCAGUCACCUCCCCGUUGCGGCCCCCAGUUUCCCAGCCUGGGCCAGGAGCCUCCGGAGCUCAGCAUGUACAGCGACUGCUACUAUCCUCCUCCCUCCCUGCCCAGCCCUCAGCGCACCGCCCCGUCCACCUAUGACCUGGGCGACUACGCCAGCUCCACCCACAACCCCUAUCUGUGGUUCAAUGGCUCGGGCAUCAACGCACCCCCCUAUCUGGCCACCACCGGGCCCCCUGGGAACCCCGGACCCCCAUUCGUCCCCCAACACUACGGCAUGCAGAGGCCCUACCUGGGGCCCGGGGGGGCCGGGGGGCCUGGAGGGGAGCUGGGAGGCUGGUUCUCCCUUCCUUCUCAGGAGGACCUGAUGAAGCUGGUCCGGCCCCCCUACUCCUACUCUGCACUCAUCGCCAUGGCGAUCCACGGGGCCCCUGAGCGCCGGCUGACUCUGAGCCAGAUCUACCAGUACGUGGCUGACAAUUUCCCCUUCUACAAUAAGAGCAAGGCUGGCUGGCAGAACUCCAUACGACACAACCUGUCGCUCAACGACUGCUUCAAGAAGGUUCCGCGAGACGAGGAUGAUCCAGGAAAGGGUAACUAC